AUGCUACUUGAAACCACCGCCCUCGUCCUGGCGCUGCUUCACUCAGCUGCCUCUCAGAAAGUUAGUAUCACACAAUUACCGGUCUACGCGUCCCAACGCCCCUGCGCCCAGCGCUGCUUCGCCUAUAACACUAAUGCAGGGCCUGAAAGAGUUGCAAAUGAAAUUGGAUGCGACAGCGAUGUUCCGCAAAACGAAUGCUUUUGUCGGUCAGAUCUCCAGGCCGAUGCAGAUGCGUUCCUGCAGACUUGUGUUGACCGCGGGUGCGACCAAAACUCCAAAGACACCAACAGCGCCGUCUCCAUCUACGACGCCUACUGCACCAGCGCCGGCUAUAUGCGCGAUGUGCUAGCGACGCCAGCUUCAGGUACGGACGACUUCCCUUCCGUUGCCACUGUCACGGUGACGGCGACUGUGAAGGUCUCGUCUGCCCAAAGACGGUUCGCCUCGCGAUUUGCAGAUUCUUCCACUACACCGUCAACGCUGCCCCCAAUACCUCCGUCUCUGUCUACCGUUACGUCUCAAGGAUCAUCCCGAACAUCUCCAGCUUCCUCGCCGAAAGCGUCUAAUUCGGCAAAAGACCCUAGUGUUUCGACCAGCUCACAAGAAGAUCCUACUCCGGAACCUACCGACCCUACGUCUGGUGGUAGCAACAGCAGCAGCAGCGGAGGCGGCAACUCGCUCGGUAUCGGGGACAUCAUUGGUAUUGUUGUCGGUAUUGCGGGAUUCAUAGCUACUGCUAUAGGGACCUGGUUUACAUAUAAAUCGAUUUUGAGGAAGAAAAAGCGCAUUUCCGAUCAGCUGGGAGAGAACCCAGUAUUAAGGAUAGAAGAGAUUCGAUUCCGUCUUGCUAAAAGGAGUUUUGAGAAGACCAAGAAUCCUCUUGAGACCCGUGAGAACUCUUCUGGGGAUUUGUCGGAGUUCAUCGCUCGAUCCUUCGACGAGCCUCAAGUAUCGCUCGCGUGA